AUGGUACCAUACAUGAAAUUUGAAAACAUCAAAGAUGAACGGCCAUCUCUCCAUCUAUGGUUGUCUCCCCUUAUAAUCUCUCACGUGGAAAAUAAUGCCGAAGAGCUUCAACCAGAGAUAUACGAGGGACUCAUUGCCAUGACUACAACUGGAGCUCAGUACGCUUUAACAGCAGCCACAACAGCCAGCCAUGGCGGGGGUAAUUCGACGAUUGUGAAGACGGAGAGCAAACCAAGUCUUGUUGUUGUCACAACUUCGAGUACAAGUGCUAGUGCUAGUGCUGCACAAACCCAAGGCACCAGGAGUCAACUCAUUACUGUUGUAACUAGUCCCGAUCCAUCUAAUCUAUCCAAUAGUAAUAAUCUCCAACCCAUCCAGCUGGUGGUGCAAGAUCCUUUGGAAACAGCUGCAGAUUCAUCAAAUGGCUCAUCAGGUACAGCAGCUCACGUAACAGCACAAGUGGUGGUCAAUACAACUCAUUCGGGACAACAUACUCUCAUUGAUUCGGACGUUGCUUCAACAUCGACCGGGACAAUCGUCAGUGGAUCACCUCAUUAUAUUACAGUAACAGUGUCUGGUGACGCCGAAGCUGUGGGGUCUGAAUCGGCAUCCCAUCCAACUUAUGUUCAAUACGUCCAGGGAGAUGGUUCCACUUAUAAUCUCGCUAAUGGAGAGAUGACAUAUCCAGUGUACGCUGUCGGUGAGGCAGGAGCCAUGUACACUCCGGCCUCGAGUCAGUACUACACAUCAGCAACGACACCAGUCACUUAUGCACAAGUUUCUGGACAGGGCUCUAACACAACGACGAACCAGCUCCUCUCCCAAGGCAACGGCACGUACCUUAUACAGCAGAGCGUAGUCGAUGGAGAUCCAACAACCCAUGCGUUAAUAUCAGCAGCAACAGCUCGAGCAAGUCCCCAGACAGAGAGUGCAGAUGCUGUGGUUAGCGGGGGUGGAGGGGCAUACCUAAUCAGUGGUAAUGCUGGAGGGACUGCUAUCAACGUGGAUGAGACUGCCACAGCGGCCAACAUGACGCAUGCCACUAGAGUCUCGCAAGCCACCGUGCAAUGGCUGCUGGAGAAUUAUGAAACAGCCGAUGGUGUAUCUCUGCCGCGAUCCACCCUCUACAAUCACUACCUACGCCACUGUUCGGAAAAUAAAUUGGAUCCAGUAAAUGCAGCUAGUUUUGGAAAAUUGAUUCGUUCAGUAUUCUUAGGAUUGAGAACACGACGUCUUGGCACACGGGGCAACUCCAAAUACCAUUACUAUGGGAUCCGAGUAAAGCCAAAUUCACCGCUUAUAAUGUUGAACGAGGACGGUACAUGCCGCCCGCAAGCACCCACUAACAAUCAAACAAAACGCUUCAAGUUCUCCAAUCAAAAGCAAGAGUCAUCGUAUGAAAAUAAUAGCCACGGAAGUGUCAACAUAACAUCGAACACAACAAGCCCUCAGUAUCAUCAGUACUUGGGUGAAGCGAGCGGUGCAAUUCCUGAAUUUCCAGAAAUUGUUGUAAGUCACAGCUCCUCCCUUCCCGAGGAUUGUACCCUUGAGGAUAUUGAUACCUUCAGAAGUAUCUACCGAGAGCACUGUGAGGCAUUCCUCGAUGCAGUGCUCAAUUUCGAGUUUGGUACUGUUGAGAGCCUGUGGAGAGAGUUCUGGCGCAGCCAAGAUAACAAUAAUGGUGACGAAUGCGAGGAGGAAAAAUAUCUAUCCAAGACAAAACUCUAUCAGAUGUCCAAGUGUCGCGAGGUCCAAGAGUUCAUAAAAACUGUCGACUAUACGUUCUACCAGAAUUUAGUUGAAGUGCUGAUGCCUGAUGUAUUGCGACCCAUUCCCAGCACUCUGACCCAAUCUAUAAGGAACUUUGCCAAGGGCCUCGAGAGCUGGCUUACCACUGCUAUGAAUGACUGUCCCGAGGAAAUGAUGCAAAUUAAAUUAACAGCUGUAUCUGCAUUUGCUCAGACACUCAGGCGUUACACAUCCCUUAAUCAUUUGGCUCAAGCUGCUAGAGCUGUCCUCCAGAAUUCUAGUCAAAUUAAUCAGAUGCUAGCCGAUCUCAAUCGAGUGGACUUUCAUAAUGUUCAGGAACAGGCCUCAUGGGUUUGUCAGUGUGACUAUACCGUUGUUCAGCGUUUAGAAGCUGAUUUCAAAAUGACAUUGCAGCAACAAAAUUCACUAGAACAGUGGGCAGUUUGGUUAAAGAGUGUUGUUACACAAGUACUCAAACCUUACGAAGGAAAAACAACAUUCGCUAAGGCAGCACGACAAUUUCUCCUCAAAUGGUCAUUCUAUAGUUCAAUGGUGAUUCGUGACUUGACACUCAGGAGUGCUGCAAGCUUUGGAUCAUUUCAUCUAAUUCGAUUACUCUACGAUGAAUACAUGUUUUAUUUAAUUGAGCAUCAAGUUGCUGUUGCAACUGGUACAACUCCAAUUGCUGUUAUGGGAGAUAAGAAUCAAACUUGUCAAAUGCUCAACACCUUUGGCACAACUUCGAACGGAGAUGCGCCGAGCCCCGAAACACAAAAACGCAUGAAAAUGAGCUAACUGAGAGCGGAUGGACUGUAGAUUAGGUUAAAAAAAUCAACAAACGAGAAAGUACAUCUCUCUCAACGCAGAACAAUUUAAAGUCAUGCAGGCCUAUCAAGUGUUGAAUUUAGUUCAAUAUAAAAUUAUUAUUUUUGAUAUAAAUGAAGCGACAAAACAAACGAAGAGAAUGUGAAAUCGAAUGGCAGACUACGUAAAUGAGAAUUUAUCACCUAUACGGGGCUCAUCCCGCAUUAUCGCGCAUAAAAUUAAUCAGUCGUAAAUUUAUGGGCUAAAUACAGGUGAUAAAUUGUUUCUGGAUUAGUCUGGUUAGUAAUAAUAGAUGAAUGGAAAAAUUUCAACAGAUAUGUCUCUACAAAAUAAUAAGAAAAAAAUUAGUAAAUAAAUGAAUGAUUAUAAAAAAAUUUGUACGGAAAUUGAUAUUUCUGUCGAUUUAAGUUAAAAGCCAGGUCUCAUACAAUAUUUCCUCAUUUACGAGGAAUAAUAACAUUUUUGUGGGUAUAUUAUAAAAAAAAAAAAAAACCAAAAAAAAAUCAUUCUAUCCCCGUGUUCAUUAUUUAUUAUGAGUCAAGUCUGUUGGAUUUUUUCACAUCUAAAUAUCUAGUCAGUUUUCUUAUUAUUGAGAUAAAAAUUGUCCGAGUUAUUUGAAUCAGGCAAAGAACCAAAAAUAAGGGGAGAUUAAGCAAUGUUGAUAUACGCAAGGUAAUUAACGAAAAAUUGAAUAAUAUAUAAAGAAAUUGUCUUCAUUGGAGUGAUUUUUAUUCACCCGUCCCUGCACAAAUUGUGAAUUGAAGUGUUGUUGACCAAUGCACUUGCCCAUUGAUCUAUUGCAAUAUGCAAAUGGAUUAUUACGAAUACAAGGGUCACGAAUAGAUUUAGAUAGCUCAUUAAUUGCUGGUGUACGUAUACUUAGUAAUAGAAUUAACAGAAUUUAUUGGCCAAGAUUGAUCGAGUAAUUCAAUGUUAUUCAAGUAAAGUUUUUUUUUUUUUUUUUUUUUUAACACCAAUUUCUGAUAUCUCGAGAUCGGCUUAGUGAAAUUGAAUAAUUUUGUUUUUGUUCAUCUUGAAAAUAAUUUUGCUAGUUUUAACAAUUGAUUGAAAAGUGUCAAAAUUGGACAGUCUAUUCGAGAGAUAUUAUGGAUUGAGAAAUGGCAUUUUGCCUCGCGUACAAUUAAUUGAUGCUUUUUGAGUUUCUCGAAAUAGAAUUCCUUCGAGUUUAAUACUGUCCAUAAGUAAUAACAGAACAGAAGGAUAUUCUAUGUUCGACAAACAAGCACUAUAGGUAUAACGCAUGUGUUUGGUUAAAUUUAGGGUAUAAUCAGUGUUUAGUGUAUCAAUUUCAAUCGAUACCGAGUGGUUCAUUUAUAGUUAUCAUGAUCAUCACGUAUCAUUGAAUUUAUUGAAAAUGUUAUGAACUCACUGAAAUUUAAAUUCUGCAGAAAAUCCAAUUGAAAAAUAUUCAAUAUAACAUAUGCAGAGAAGAAACUAAUAGUUUAUUAUUUCACCAUAUAAAUUAUUUUAUUUAUUCCUGGGGAUGAAUUUUAUCAGAUAUUUUCUGUAUAAAAUGUCUCAAUAGAAUAAUUUAUAUGAAUAUGUGUGAAAUUCUAUUCACUUUUUUUUUUUCAAUUAAUCUUUUGUAUUGAGCAUUCCAAUGAAAAAUUCAUUGAAUUUCUAGAAAAAUUUUUCAUCAAUACAGUUAUAUAAUGUAUCGAACAAUAAACACUACAGGUGGUGGAUCAAACGGAAGGAGCACGUAGAAUAAUCAGUGAUAUUACAGUGAUUAAACAGUUCAUUGUGCAAUUGCUUACUGCUCUUUAGUUACAACGAAUGAAUAUUGCUGUGGAGAACUUGAAAGAAGUGGCUCCGCAUGAAUUCUGAAAUAAUGAAAAGACUGAUUAUUGUGACCAUGAAAAAUCCAAAAACAAAAUUCAGGAUAUUUAUUUUAUUUUAUUUAACUUAAAUCCUUAAUUUUUAGUGUGAAAUUAAUUUUUCUUCAACUCCUAUGGACGUUUGAAUGUUUUAGAAUUUCCAUCAGACACUCGACUAGUCAGCUAAUUAAGGCAUAAUGACAGACAGUCUCUCCUAUAGGUAAAUCAAAGUAUCAUAAUAAUUCGAAUGAGUCAAGUAGACAGCACAGGGAUAUUUCCAUAAUUAUAAUGAGCUUAUGAGUGUAAAGAAGAUAAAGAACUAUUGAUACCUAAGUGUACCUAAUACAUAUGACAAUUGCGUAUUUUACUAGUGAAACAUAAAAUUUUACCGAUUAAUUUGAGUACAUUGGAUAUUUAAUGAGAAGUAUGUGCUCCACAUUCCGUAUGGAAAAAAAAAUUCUCAAGUUAUUUGUAAUAAUGAUUUUCAAUAGGCACAUAGCUUCAUCCUAAGCUAUUCUCAUGAAUUAAUGUCGCUUAAAAUGCAAUAUUUAAUAAACGAGAAACAUUGGUGGAGUAAAAAUGUUUAUUCAAGGAGGAAGUGGAGUAGACGAUAUUUUGGACAUCUUCAUUAGUACAAAUAAGAGAAUUAUCAUGGGAAUUUUAAUUUUGUAAGCUCACUUAUUGCUUUUCAAUUGUCAAUCUAUAUUUCUGAAAUCCAAUACUUGGUAGCAAUAAAAUUGAUCCUUCCAUUAUCCUUGAUUCCCGGAAACUGUUCAAACUUUCUGCCAACUCUCAUUCUUCUCUACUACACAGAGUUUUUUAUAAAAAUUUCACGGACACCAAUAAAUUCAGAGCUGUUCGUUUAAAUGAAUCUAACCACAAAUGGAAUUACGAUGAAAGAAAAAAUGACCUUAAUUCAUGAGAAAAGUCUCAUUGUGAUGAUGUAGCGAUGAUUUCCAUGAUUGAAUACAAUAAAAAUUCAAUUCCUCAACUCAUAAUGCAUCGUUUUAGCCUUCCAAGAAGAAGAAAUAAUUUAAAAACAACAACACUAAUGAGAACAACAAUGACUCUAUGUUGAUUAAAAAUCCACUUGAUCAGCUAAUUGAAUGAAUAAGAUCAGAUAUACUUAAUAAAAUUAUCACUUUUACAGUGUACAGCGUACAGCGUAGGAAAGAAUAAGGAAUAUUUUAAUACAGUUUAAUAAGUGGUCGGAUUGAGUAAUAGAAUUAUUAUCCACUUGCAUAGAAUUAUUUUUAUCAAACACAAAACCAAAUGUGCAGCUCAAAAUUUAGCCAUCAGUGGCAUAUUGAAAUGCUGAGAAGUAAAUAAAUAAAAUUGAAUGUAAUUUACACUUAAUUCAAAACAAAUGUAAGAAAAAUGUUGUGAAACUCGUGUGAAUGUGAGUAUUGCAACAUCAUAAGAUCGUAUGUUAAACAAAUAUACGUUUACAAAUGCAACACUUGAGUUUGAUCAAUUCUUCUUUGGAUGCCCACGGACAAUUGAUGAAAUGGAUAAUUGAAAGUAAAUUAAUCUCAAAUCAAUCACCGCGUCAGCAAUGGCAAAAGUCAUUAUUUCAAAGUGAGAAAAUAACAUAAAAUUCAUGUAAAAUCGAAAUUACGAUUUCUUCCAAACACGCCUGAAAAUAAUAGUUGUAUUUAAGGGUUCGGCUCAGGAUUAUAUUUAAUAAACUCUUUCAAGUAUAUUCACGUAUGAAUAUUUUAUUACUACAUCAAUCCUCAAAGUUCUGAAUUAAGUUUCUACCUCACUUAUUAAUUAUAUAACCAGUAAUUUUCCUUUGAAUAUCCAGAGUUUCGUCACAUCACUCCGAUGACACAUUAUGCAAAUAUUUAUUUUGUCAAUUGCCCAUUGAAAUCACGGAAAGAGUCAAUUGUGUGAAAAUUUCAAUGUUUUAAGAAUUUAUAUCUGUGAUUAUUCUUCAUAGAUGAGAGAAUGUGAGAAAAAAAAAAAA